AUGCCUGAUGAAAAACUAGGCAUGCCUUCGCUGUCGAGAUAUCUGCGACCCGAUAAGUUUGACAUCGAGCCUGAUGUCGCGGACGCCGAUGAAAAAUGGGUACACUGGAAAUCGACAUUUGAAAGCUUCUUAGCAGAAGAGAUUACCGACGAUGUACCAGACUCCCUUAAGCGUAAGCUGCUAGUUAAUCACUUAUCGGCAUCGAUUUACAAGCAUAUCAAAACAUGCUCCACUUAUAAAGAUUCGAUGAAAGUUCUAGAAGACAUCUAUGUCAAACCGAAAAAUACUAUUCUAGCUCGACACAUUCUCUUCAAUCGCAAGCAACGAGCCGACGAAACGAUCUCUGACUAUAUUAGAGCUCUCCGACUUUCCGCGAAAGAUUGUAAAUUCGAAGACGUCAUAGCUCAAGAGCAUGAAGACCAAGCAAUUCGUAGUGCUCUCAUAUCCGGCUUACUAUCACGAAGGAUUCGCGAACGGUUACUAGAAAACUCAAAACUCACUCUCUCAGAAGCACUUAAUCAAGCCGUAGCUCUGGAAACGGCAGAGAAGGAUGCAGUUGCUAUUGGUAUCAGUUCUACGCAACUUACCGCCAUAUCGCAAGGUACUUCACGGGACAAGGAAUCCGAAAAUCUAGCGGCAGCUCCAUCGUCACGAACUUUUCAAGCCGCCCCGACCACGCCACCUCCGGCUAAACCCUGCUUCUUUUGCGGCGGCAGUCUUCAUCCAAGGUUCAGAUGUCCAGCCAACAAAGCCACCUGCAAAAAGUGCUCAAAGAAAGGACACUUUGCAAGCGUCUGUAGAUCGGGCAAUAUUAACUUGAACUCCACGACAGUUGAAGAUCCUACGACCUCUAACAACAACCAGUUCUACAGUGGAGCUAUUUCUGCUGCCUCUCCUUUGAGUCUUAGGAGUGCGACAAUUCCAAUCAUGGUCAACGAAUACAAGGCUGAUGCACUCGUCGAUACAGGAAGUUCAGUCAGCUUUAUUAACGCUAGUGUUGCUCGCAUAAUGAAACUACGCAAAAAACCCUGCAAGCAGACAGUCAAUCUCGCUUCUCUCAAUCAAGUUUCUUUUGCCGAAGGCGUCUGCUUUGCUACCAUUACGAUGAAUAAGCAUACUUACAAACAAACGCCUCUUCUAGUUGUCGACAACCUCUGUGCUGACGUCAUCGUCGGCCAUGACUGGCUCAAACAUCACUCGAGCAUUCAUUUUAAUCUUGGUGGGCCUGGCGAACCUUUAGAGAUAUGCAACGUGUUACGAGCUUCGGUGCCGCCAGCCUCCGUAUUUACAAAUCUGUCGCCGAACAUUCGACCGAUCGCCGUGAGAAGCCGGCGCUACAGUAAGGAAGAUGAGGCCUUCAUAAAAGAAGAAGUGUCUAAAUUACUUGAAGACGGGGUCAUUGAAACAACUCCUUUCCCCAGUAUCAUUGAUAAUAGCAGCGACGAUAACUUUGAAAUGGCCUCCGAAGAUGAUAAUCUCAGGUUUCCAUCUGAAAAUAACUCCACACCUCCACCUGAAAAUAUCGCUCCUUCGUCACCGCCUCGUAUAGGAGAGCCGUCGACGACUUCGCCAGUUCUUCGGACUGGACUCCCCAGGAGAUCUAAUAGGACGCGAAAAUUACCCUCCUACCUAGCGGACUUUGUGGAUGAUACAUGUGAGUGUGAUAACCCGGCAGAAGAUGACGGAACAUGUAAAUGUUGCGCUUGUCCUUUGGACCAGUGCAAGUGCGAUAGAAUAGGGAAAGAAGUUUUUGAUGAUUGGAGAAGUAAACGAGAACUCGGCGCUAUGCCCGCAGUCCUGGAGUCCACACACCCUCUGAUGAAGCGCUUCCAGGAUACGCUGAAAAGGUUUUUAGAAAAAGAAAAUGCUAUUGCCGAAGAGGAGAUUAUUAGAUUGCGGGAUGAACUGAAGCUGAGCAAGCAGGCGUACGAUAAAGAUCUGGAAUCUAUUUAUAGAAGCGAUCACGAUACAAAUGCACAAAGGGCGCUAAUAGAGAAGUAUGAAGCUACAUUAGCAAAAAAGACAGCAGAUCGUCAGGCAGCUGAAGCACGCGCUCGGGAGUCCAACGAAAAGUACAAGCGUUCCAAGGAAAAAUUAGAAGAAACCAUAAUGACUGAACGAGAAGCAACCGAGGAGCUAGAAGCAUUAACAACACUCUGCAGGCAGCUGGAGGUAUGGCGCGACGAGACUGAGUCAGACCUCACAGUCAGUCAGCGCAUAUCGGACAAAAUGCGUAUUGAAAAGAAGGCACUCGCAGAUGAAAAGAGACAGCUUGAUAUGAUCAUCUACAGUCUUGGAAAUGAAGUGUGGAAACUCGAAUCAAAGUUGGAAAUGUUCCAAAAGCAAUUGGAAGUUAAAAAUGUUGAAAUGGAAACAGUUAAUGACAAGGUAACGGCGUAUGCGGCUGAACUAGAAGAUUUGGAGUUGGAGAAGCGACGUCUUGUGAGUCUUUGGAAUUCAGUGCUAGUGAACAUACAGCAAAGAGACAAAGUUUAUGAUUCGGUCAGAGAUGAUUACAAAGCUCUGCAAGAAAAUUAUCGCACUCUAAUCAACAAUUUAGAAAUCACAAAGAAAGUUGCGAUGGAAGAGAUGAAUAAAGGAAAGGAAAUAUCUAUGAAUAAGGACAAGCUGAUAUACGAUAUUGCUAACGCUACUAAAUUAUUUGAUGCAGAAGAUGCUAAGCGCAUAGCCCUUGAAGCCCAACUUUCAGAGUUAACUGAAUCUAUUGAAAUGACUGAAAGGGACGAAGAACUUAUAAAGUCGGAAAACCAAACAAUGAGGAAUAUUUUAAAAAGCACAGAGAAAGAGAUCGACCGUCGCACAGAACACAAGUUGAAAUUGGAAAAUGAAAUCCUUACCAAUCUUCAAGAGUGCUUACUUAAUGACAAAGCCGUUGAGUCGAUGGCUAAUGGCAUCAAGAAAAUGAGAGAAAUGUCUAGGAAACAAGAAAUAGCACUAAUGACGAUGGAGAAUCAACAUGCAAAGUUGAUGCUAGAUAUAGAAGUGCACCGCAAUCGUCAGGCGAGGAACAACGCAAUCUUACAAGAGAACCUCGCGAGAGUGCGCGAGAGAGAGCAAGAGAUAGAGCAGCUGCAAGAAGAGUACGAGCAGAAGAUGCUCGUGAUAACCAGGAAACAGCGAGAAUUGGAUAUUGUGAUUAAGAAGUAUAACGCCUUGAAGGAAAUAUUUGAUAUGAAGUCACCCCAAGAGCGUCGUAUAGAGGAACUAGAACAGCAGAUCAAAGGGCUGCGCGAGCGCACGGAGAGCAUGCAGUGCGAGUGGCUGCGGCUGCAGGGUCACGUGGUCAAGCUCACCGCGCACCAUCAGAAGAUUGUUUCAGACAUCAACUUGAUCAAUAAACGU